CGGUUUCCGAGGCCAAGGUAGAUGCGACGGGUUUUGGAAGCUUUGACAGACGAUGGAAGCCAGUCUUUCGAGGAUGACGCAAGUCGACAGCUAGAUUUGAGGUGGAGGGUCCUAGUCUCGGUAGCACUCGUCCAAAGUAUGAUCAAUUAACUGUCUACUUACGACCCAUUCGUCAACGACUCAAAAGUAUCAAUCACAUCAUACCAAAUUGUCUCGCUGAUUUGUUCCUACUUGGUGCUGGCUCAACCCCACUCACCAGGACAAUGUCGCCUUGGGACCCUACCAAAAACAAAACCUACCAGAUCCUCAAGGCCGCAGAGGAGGGUGGCUACGGGGUGCAGGCGCCCAUUGCCUACAACCUCGAGCACGUCCUUGCCUUUAUCGCCGCCGCCGAGGCAAAGCGCUCGCCGCUUAUCGUUCAGGUCUUUCCCUGGGCCGUGACGUUCUCGGGCGGCUUGUUGAUCCACGCGGCGGCGCACGCGGCCAAGGCAGCAACGGUUCCUGUGGCCAUCCACCUUGACCAUGCGCAGGACGAGGCCAUGAUCCGGCACUGCGCCGACAAUCUCCCGUUCGACAGCAUCAUGGUCGACAUGAGCCACUACGAGAUGGACGAGAACCUGGCAAAAACCAAGGUUUUGGUCCAGUACUGCCACGACAGGGGGAUCGCGACCGAGGCCGAGCCGGGGAGGAUCGAGGGCGGGGAGGAUGGUAUCGCCGACACGGCGGACCUGGAGGGUGCGUUGACGACUGCAGAGCAGGUGGAGGAUUUUAUCGCUACCGGGAUCGAUUUCUUGGCACCUGCGUUUGGCAACGUCCACGGGGAGUAUGGCAAGAGGGGGCCCGUGUUGGAAUUUGACCGUCUCAAAGCCAUCCGCAGUACGGCAGCAGGUAGGGUGCGGAUCGUGCUGCACGGCACCAACGGCUUCUCCGAGGAUAUAAUGAAGAAGUGCAUCGCUGGAGGGGUCACCAAGGUCAACGUCAACAAGCUGGUCUUGGACGACUACCUUGCGCAUCUCAAGGAAAAUGCAUCAAAGCUCACAUUGACUACGUUGAUGGAGGAGGGGGUAAGAGAAGCCAGGAAGUUGAUGGAAUGGCAGAUGGAUGUUGUUGGAUCGACAGGAAAGGUUGUGUAGAUUAUAGAAAUACAGGCUAUACAGCCAAACAAAAAGUAAAGACCAUGGUGAUCAGCCCAUGAAUCAUAUCAUG